AUGGAGUUGGAAUCAGAGAAGAAAUUCUCAGAGAAAGGAGGAGAAACUGCGUCCAUGGUGAAUGGAUUUCCUCCUAAAUUCAUGGAAACCUUAAUCAUGAGUUCCUUUCGCGUCGAUCUCAUCGAGCCUAGCCGCGUCAUCUGCUCCAUGAUCAUACCUCCCCGUUUACUCAAUUCUGGAAACUCCUUGCACGGUGGCGCCACCGCUACACUGGUUGACGUUGUUGGCUCCGCGACAAUUCCAGCCUAUGGACAUGUAGGUCUCACGGGAGUUUCCGUUGAGAUCAAUGUUACUUACUUGGAUGCUGCAUAUGUUGAUGAGGAGAUUAAGAUUGAAGCUAAGGCAUUGCGUGUGGGGAAAAACCUUGCUGUUAUCAGUGUGGAAUUCAGAAAGAAGAAGACUGGCAAGGUUUUUGCUCAGGGACGCCACACUAAAUAUCUUCUGGUUGCAAGUAAAUUAUGA